AGUAAAGUAAGACCUUCCCGCCAUCUUUCAACUGCGGAAGUUUUGAUCGGGACGGAAAGUACAUUCUGUUGCCAAUCAGAUGUCUUCGUUGUCCGUUUUUCCGCCUCCUCCCGCCGAAGGAGAGAUAACCUUAUGUGAGAUGAAUGCCAGACUGAUCGCUGAAAGUUCCAAGACUGCAGAGUUAUCGAAACAUGUUCCUGCUACUCAGGGAAUUAAGUAUCCCUUAAUCAAUAUAAAAACAGAGAGCAUAAAGACUGGGAAUAGCUUGUUAAGGCCAUCUGAUCAAGAAUGGAACACAAUGGUACAGAAAGAAGAAAGUAUUUACAAAAAGCUUCUCAAGGUUUGGCAUUCUAGAGGAUUUUCUGAAAUGCUGCUUGAAAUCCAGAAAAACAAGGAAGAAGUACCUUCAUGGCUGUGGCAUUUGAGUGGAGGGACAGACACUGUUGUGAGAUGGUUCUUAUCACUGUAUGGUAACAUAUCUCCUCAUUUAAAUUUGUCUAGAGAAGAAAUGAUUAAUGUCUUCUCUGUUGUGUCAUCUUGGAAAAACUCACCCAUUAGGGCAUUAGCCUGGCACCCUCAUGUGGCUAAGUUUGUUCUGGCAUGGCAAGUAUGUGUUACAAAAAUUAAAUUUUNAAGAAUUUGUGUUUCCAGUCUAAAGAUGCUACCAUUGUCAGGCUCAGUGUUGGUUGUAGGCUGCGACGGUGGUCUCUUUGUGUGGACUGUCAACCCUUCUUCGCCUAUCCUGAGGCUAGGAGGUAGUUCUGUUCGCCACCUGUCUUAUCCAGGCCACAGUCCUGUGACGACUGUCUCUUGGAGUCCCAGUGGACAGUUACUGGUGUCCGGGUCUCCAGCAGACAGUAACUUGAUGGUAUGGGAUGUUGCCCUGGAGACAGCCACGCCUUUAUAUAGAGCUGGAGGAGGUGUGACACUGACAGCAUGGUCACCAGAUGAGAGGAAUCUAUUUGCCGCAACACCCUCCAGCUUGUUCAGGGUAUGGGAGACUCAGACGUGGACUUGUGAAAAGUGGUCAAAUUUGUCAGGAGCCUGUCAGGCAGCAUGCUGGAGUCAUGAUGGGAGAGUUCUAGUAUUUGCUGUGGCAAAUGAGCCUGCACUAUAUUCACUACAAUUUCAGGAUGUUGGUAAGUACUUGAAACAAAAAAUAGAUACUGACAACAACAACAACAACAUCAACUGAAUAAG